GUCGAGGGGAGCGACCCGACAGCCGCAGUGAUGCCAGUGAACCUCUAGGAUGCUCCAGACACGGAUGGGUUUAUUACCGUCUGUUUCAGCCCCGGGCCUAUAAGCGGAUCCGGUUAAAUCUGGGACGAAGGUGUUUUUUCAGCACGGAAUAACGGGUUCCCGCGACCUUGCGCUGAAUGUCAUUAGAAACUGGUUUUAAUCGCGCUACGACAAUUAGGAUUUGAGUCUCAGCGAUGGAUAUUUUAAAGCAUAUAAUCAACGACACCGUCGAAUUCUACAAAUGGAGUCUCACCAUCGCAGACAAGCGUGUGGAGAAAUGGCCGCUGAUGGACUCUCCGCUCCCCACGCUGGCCAUCAGCUCCUCGUACCUGCUGUUCCUCUGGCUGGGGCCGAAGUACAUGCAGGGCCGAGAGCCCUUCCAGCUGAGGAAGACCCUCAUCAUCUACAACUUCAGCAUGGUCAUCCUUAACUUCUUCAUAUUCAAAGAGCUCUUCCUCGCAGCACGAGCGGCCAACUACAGCUACAUCUGCCAGCCUGUGGACUACUCAGACGAUCCCAAUGAAGUGCGGGUGGCAGCAGCUCUGUGGUGGUACUUUAUUUCUAAAGGUGUGGAGUACCUCGACACUGUGUUCUUCAUCUUACGCAAGAAGUUCAACCAAAUCAGCUUCCUGCACGUCUAUCACCACUGCACCAUGUUCACUCUGUGGUGGAUCGGCAUCAAGUGGGUCGCCGGUGGACAGUCGUUCUUCGGGGCUCAUAUGAAUGCAGCCAUCCAUGUCCUGAUGUACUUGUAUUAUGGGCUGGCCGCAUUCGGUCCAAAAAUACAGAAAUAUCUGUGGUGGAAGAAGUAUCUGACCAUCGUCCAAAUGAUCCAGUUUCACGUCACCAUCGGCCACACGGCUCUGUCGCUGUACUCCGACUGCCCGUUCCCUAAGUGGAUGCACUGGUGUCUGAUCGGAUACGCCCUCACCUUCAUCAUCCUCUUUGGGAAUUUCUAUUACCAGACGUACCGCCGCCAGCCCCGCCGUGAGACCGCGGCCAAACCCGGCAAAGCCCUUCAUAACGGAGCCUCCAACGGAGCCCUGACCUCCAGUAACGGAAACGCCGGCAAGACGGACGAGAAACCGGCAGCGGCCGAGAGCGGCAGGAGAAAGAGGAAGGGCAGAGCGAAGCGCGAUUAAAACGGCUGACAGGUUAAAGGUCAGGAGCUGUUCGCACGCCUGCGGUCAAUCCCUAAUGGUUACCAACAAACAGUAUGACUGCAGAGAGAGAGAGAGAGAGAGAGAAAUGAGCCUAGAUGUAGAGAGACUGAACAAUAUCUUUCCUUACCGUCCUCCUUAAAGGGACAGUUCACCCAAAAAUCAUUUACUCACCCUCAAGUUGUUCCAAACCUGUAAGAGUUUCUUUCUUACGUUAAACAAAAAAGAAGAUAUUUUGAAGAAUGUUAGUGACCAAACAAUUGACGGUAGCAUUGACAAAAAUACUGUGGAAGUAGGGCUGCACGAUAAAUCGCAUGCGAUAGUCAUGCGCAUCUCGUCCGUAAAGCCAGUUCUGUGAUUAGUAGUAAAUCUCCAUCACGUGUUUCAGAUGGAGCGGCAUUUACUACACAGAGCUGUAGUUCACUGACAAGCUACGCAAAAAAAUCGCAGACGAUAUAUCAAUAUUACACACUGCAAUAAUAAAGUUGUUUGCGUAGCUUCUCAGUGAACUAUGGCUCUGUGUAAGUAAAAGCACGUGAAAGUAUGACAUUUAAUAACAUGUUUUAACUCCAAACUCACUUCAUAACGUCAGUCGAGUGUUUGAAAUAAAUCCUUCUGUGAGAUGAUGUGACACAGAAUAAGGCAAGCAACAUAUUUCAUAGUAUUUUAAGCAGUGAUAAAGGCAUUGCAUUAUUAUAUACUUUAUUACAAGGAAAAUUAUAAUAUACCAUAUAUUGUCAUUGUCAUGUUGAAUCAAUGAAAGCAGUUAAAUGUUCUGUCUUCGGAUGGAGAUUUACUACUGAUCACAGAACCGUGCUUCACUGACGAGAUGUGCGCAUGAAUACCGCAGCUUUUGCCUAGCAUCGAUUGCGAUUUAUCGUGCAGCGCUAUAUGGAAGUCAAUAGCUGGUUGAGGAGAGUAAAUGAUGACAGAGUUUUCAUUUUUGGUGAACUGUACCUUUAAGUUUGGCACAUUAUUUUAUGUGUCUACCUUUUUUUACAUUGCUGUCCUAAUGCCAGAAAAGCCCCGCAUCUCAUCAGUGUACGAUGAUUAUAAGAAAGAAUUCAUGAUAUCAGUGGGUUUUCAUAAUUUAUUAUGGUGGGAUCCAAAAGUCGACUAGUGAGAUUUCCUCACUGAUUCUAUUAUCAGCAUGACAAAACGACUGAAAAAGUGUCUCCAGCAUGAUUUGAGAUCCAAAACCCUCCUGGAAGAAGAGAAUCUGGCCAUCUGUACAAAGAGUCACAUGAUCAGUGACACUCAUUUACUUACGUUUGAUUAGUCACGUAGGAAUAGUGCACAGUCUGAAAUGUGUCACCUUCUUUUGACAGACUUUUGGACCUCACUGUAUAUCAGUUAUUUGUAAAGCAUAUUUAAAUGUCUGUUUAUUUGAAGCGUUCGUUGUUUAGCUGCUGGCAGGAUAUAUUACCAUCGGUCCUGUGCUUUAAAACACACAUCAUGCAGCUUCAGCUUCUCUCAGAAUUAGGGAUGCAACUUACCAAGACCAAUGUCCGGUAAUAUACCGUUAUAUUGUUUUGUCUGUUGUUUUAAAAAACAGUGUUCAGAAUCAAUCAAACCUCCAAUAUGAAUGAUGGGAAAGAUAUAAAUAUCAGUUCAGUGCUUCUGCGGCCUGGCUUUGAAACGGAUCAAAUAUCUGCUUCCAUUAUCGGAUGAAUCAGACCAAUACCGAUCGUUUAGUAACUGAUAUUGGCUGGACAUUUGAAUUAUCAAGUGUCUCACAGGAUAAAAUGGCUUUUAGUAUGAUUGGGAAAUUACUACAUCUCAUAAACUGAAGUAAACAGGAUUGGGAAAUAUGUUUGUUGCUACUAUACUGUAUUGUGCAUAAAUAAAGUCUUUAGCUCCACGUCAUUGUUUUUCAUUUCGAAUAUUUCCUGAAAUAUAUCAUGUGUUUUGUCUUGAAUUUUUUAUAAUGUUGUAUAUUCGGUGCAAUUUUGUACAUCGUGCUUUUGAAAACGCAUUGAUCAUCAACUGCUCAUUGUCUUUUCUUUUCAAAUGACAGAUAUACAUUGCUGUAUAUAAAAAUAAACUAAAUGCCAAUGCAUAGUCA